CUUAUAUUUAAAUUUUUUUUUUUUUACACAAACUACGAUCAAAACAAAACAAACGUAGCUGUCACACGAUCAUGUAAUUGUUAUUACGAUUAUCUCUUGAAGCGAUGAAAAACUGUAAGAUGACUUAGUGAAAUAAAACCCAGCAAAUAUAGGAAAUUAUCUGGAGAAGUUAUGAAUAAUAUGUUAUUUUUAAUAUCAUUUACCUUAAUCUUGUGUUUGUCUAAAACUUUUGCUUUGGAAGACUGUCCUGUUUAUUUCCAUUGCAACAACACACUUAUAACUGAGGAUAGCAAAGUUAAUUCUUACUGUCAAUCUGUAUAUGAUAAAAAUGUGACAGGCAGAUGCUGUAACGUGAAUGAUACAAUUAUUGGACUAGAUUUAAGGUACUGUGAUAUCAAGAUAUUAAACAUAUCUCAUGCUGUUUUUUCUGAGAUUGAAAUUUUAGAUCUAAGAGAGAAUGAUUAUGAUAAAUUUACUGCUGAUGAGCUUUUAGGAUUGCUAAAAUUAAAUGACUUAUAUUUAGAAGCUCAUAUACCCUGUCCAGGUGGAGAUGCUGCUUGGAAUCACACAUAUACUGAAAAAACAGAAACAUAUUGUAAGGAUCAACUUGACUAUUGUGAAUCCAUAAAACAUAUGAAUAUUUUCUGUGGAACUGGUUUAAAUGCCAAAUGUCUUCGCCUGGGACCUGGAUCUGCUAAAUGUGACUGCCAACCUGGAUAUUUUGGUUACAAAUGUCUCCAGCAGGGCAUAUUUCCAAGCACUGUGUUUGUCAGUAGUCUUGUCAUACCUACAAUUGUUUUAAGUGUCACAUUAUGGUUUAUACAAGGAAGAGAUCCAUAUAGAAUGCGUUCUACAAUUGUAAAUUAAUUAUCAUAAUUCAAUUAUGCAUUGUAAUUAAAAGAUAUUUUUUAAUUGUGAA